UGUGGAUCAGGGCCCCCUUUCCAAGUCCAAUGACCAAUCUCCGCAAUCCGUUCUCUGAAAUAUAGCUUAACACCUCUUAGGCUCUUACUGUCACAUCCCGAUGCUCUCCUCAACACUCGCGAGUCGCCAGACUGGAUAUGCCCAAAAAAUCAGCCACGCGCCUGAUCCUUAUCGCAGGGCUGUUGUCUGCAGUGAUCCUCGUCGCUAAAUUUCAAUCUAAAUAUCUCGACUUGCAAACAAGUUUUCUGCCCACACACCACUUCAAGGAUGGUCCAUAUGGGCAAGCACCCAUUAAUGCUGGGGAAUCCGAGACAACUUGUGCCCCGGGCAGCGAAGCCUGGUCUCACUGCCGAGAUGGACAACCUGCAGACGAGGACGGAGGCCGUCCCGGUUUCGACGAAAAAACGUCACAAACGCACCACAUCAUAUACUCGACAUCGAAUCCCGACCGAGAAUAUUUCAGGGUGGAUUUUGGAACAAGAUCUGUGAUGAACCCUAGUAUCAUACCCCAUCCUGAAUUGAUCGACACCUGGAUCAUCUCUGCGCAACUUCAAAAGCCACCAUCGGCUCGAAUGGCAUCGGUAUGGUUUGCUGAGCUCGUAUGCAAUGCCGUGUUUUCAGAAGACAAGCGAGUUUUGCGCUGUCUAGAACCACCACUGCAAUUGCCCAUCCCAGCCACGUUUGGUGAUUCCAGCAAGUGUGUCGGCGACCUUUCCUACUUCAGUCUCAGUGUUGGGCCUCAUGAUGCGAGGGUAUUCUACGGGCCCGAAAUUCCGUACACCAUCUACGGCUCUAAUUCGUUCUUUACGUGUUUUGGACAAUGGAUCUCUGACUUUCGAAUUUUGGUGGAUUGGGGGAUAGACACGAUACAUGAACACGAGUUUCGCCAGCCUCGUGAGCUCCAGCGUCCAAUGCCAUGGAAUGCCGUUGAGAAAAAUUGGUUCAUUUUUUGGGAUGACUUUGGACAAAUGUUCAUCCACCAUGAUAUUACACCAGUGCGGGUAUUUUCGAAACUCGAGGUCGAUGGCACCAUUGGGCCAAACUUGGCUCUGGUGACCGCGAGUUCCGACCAAGCAUGUCUCAAUAAAUUCUUGCCUCAGAGCACAAGCCCAACGGAGAGGAUUCAUCAGGCGACAAAUUCGCUAGCCAUCACGCUAUGUGCACGAUCUGACCAAUCUUGCCAACCUGACGCGACCAAUACUUUUGUGCUCUUCAUCAUCCAACAAAAGAGGAUGCAAGGUCUUCACCCCGUAUACGAACCAUACGUUGUGCUUACGCGACGUUCUAUGCCAUAUGAGAUCCAUGCGGUCUCAUCAAAACCGAUUUGGAUCUUUGGUCGCAAGAUUAGAGCGGACAAGUCUGAUGCUUCGUCUUCAAAAUCGCUCUCAGAAGACUCCGAGAUGCUCUACGUCACUAGUAUCAGCUGGAAAACCCAUGGACAGAAGUAUCAUGGCUACAUUGACGAUGCACUGUUUUUGGCAUUUGGUAGGGAGGACUCAGCCGCUGGCGGUAUUGACGUCACUGGGAGCGACCUUCUGGUGGAACUGGGUAUUUGUGCAGGAAUUUAA